AUGCGUUUCGCGACCGCUAGAUUUGCUGUUUCAGAUGAGCGUGUACAUUCAUAGUCGAGCGACUCGUGCGCGAGACUUUUAUCCACAAUUUGUAUAUCGAGGUUUUAAUAAUGGAGACGCAUCAUUCACACUCGCAAGUAAAAGGUGUCAGCACUGGUACCACCAUUCUUGCUGUUAAGUUCAAUGGAGGAGUUAUCAUUGGGUCUGAUUCCAGAGCCUCUAUGGGAGAGUCUUAUGUGUCAUCCAAAACCAUCAACAAGCUGAUCCAGGUGCAUGAUAGAAUAUUCUGUUGCAUAGCUGGAUCACUGGCAGAUGCACAAGCUGUUACCAAAAUGGCUAAAUUCCAGCUGUCCUUUCACAGUAUUCAGAUGGAAUCUCCUCCCUUGGUGAAAGCUGCAGCAUCCAUUAUGAAGGAACUUUGCUAUAGCAAUAAGGAAGAUCUGCAGGCAGGCUUCAUCACAGCCGGGUGGGAUAGGAAAAAGGGACCACAGAUAUACGUAGUAUCUUUGGGAGGAAUGCUACUCAGUCAGCCUUUCACCAUUGGUGGAUCUGGCAGCACUUAUAUCUAUGGUUAUGUGGAUGCCAAAUUCAAACCUGACAUGAGUUUGGAAGAGGCUACACAGUUUUCCACAAACGCUUUGGCUCUGGCUAUGGGUCGGGACAAUGUCAGUGGUGGUGUGGUUCACCUGGUAGUGAUCACUGAAGCAGGAGUCAAGCAUAUAGUUGUUCCAGGAGAUAAACUGCCCAAGUUCCACGAUGAAUAAAACACAACUAUGACCAAACUGGAUCAUUCUUCAAACUUUGUGAUUAGAUGUGUGCAGACUUAGGAUUUUGCUGAAUCUUAUUGUCCACACCCACCCCCUUUGUUUUUCAUAAUAAAUAUAUACAGUUGU